AUGUCCAAGAAGAAAAUUAUUGAAGGUGAUACUAUUGAGGUCACUCAUGAGUGUAGUGCUAUCAUGAAUAGCAAGGUUUCAGAAAAGAAAGAUGACCCCAGAGCAUUCACUAUUCCUUACACAAUUGGGAUGCAUGAAUUUUCAAAAGCUCUAUAUGACCUUGGUGCAAGCAUCAACGUAAUGACUUUUGUCAAAUACAAGAAACUUGGUUUGGAUAUCCCUAUGUCAACCUCUAUGCGGCUUUUGAUGGUGGACCGGUCUAUAAAAAGGCUGGUGGGGUAUUGGAUUGUGAAAGUGACCAAGAGGUUCCUAUCAUUUUUGGUCAUUCUUUCUUGGUCACCGAGAGCCAUUGUCGAUCUAGAGCUGGGGGAGAUGAAAUUUAGAGUGCAAGAGGAUGAGGUCUCUUUCAAACUUUACAAGUCAAAGAAGCAAACUGCGGAGUUGCAGGUAGUAUCCAUGGUGAAUGUUGAAAAUGAGAAGAUGAAUGACGAGGAGUUCAAAGACCCACCUUGA